AUGAACGACUCUGCCUCCCUCUCUCGCGGGACAUCCCUGUCCCGCGCCAGCAAGCACGGCUCUAGCGUCUCCCGCAGCCAGUCCCUCAUCAAGAAGAACAUCGCCCCCCACGACCUCCGCCCCUCUGACAUCCUCAUCGAGCGCUUCAUCGCCUGGAAGAUCAUCGUCAAGCAGCUCAUUGCGUACUUCGAGGGCAUCGCGGACAUUGAGAACAAUGUUGCGCGCGAGUUGACCAAGCUCGGCGCGGUUAUACAGGUCCCCUUCCGUUCGGGGAACCAGUUCUUGGGCGAAGGCGGCGUGCAGGAUCUCUACUAUGGUAUUCGGGACAAGACUCGCGCCAUUGCAGACCAACAUGCUAGUCUGGGACGCACUGUCGAGGGAUCCAUCGUGGAACAUUUGCAGAAGCUCCGCGUUGAGAUCAAAGCGCACAUUAAGAACAUUCAGAACGAUACUGGAAAACUGGCGACGGCGGUCGCGAAAGAACGUGAGCUAUCUGCCAAAGUCAUCGGUGACCUCGGAACGAACGUCUCCAUUCACAAGAAUACACCCCUAAGUGUGACAGCCCGCACUGACCCUUACGUGGCAAACCAGGCGGUAGCGCGGCAGCUUUUGAAACAAGUUCAUACCGAGAAUGCGUUGCAGAAGUCGUUACUGUUAACACAGUCUUCCUCUGCAAUGUUCGAGGCGUCACUCAUUCAGGCGUUGCAAUCGGCGUGGGCGACGUUUGCCGAAUGGCGGGCACGCAUGGACACCAGCAUUAGGGAGACCUACCGCACGCUCGAGCACGAUAUGGCUGCACUUCCUCCUGAUAAGGAGUGGAUCGCAUUCGCAGCGCGCGAGGACCAUCUCGUCGACCCGGAGACGCCGCUGCGCGACCCACAGAACAUCAAUUACCCUAACAAGGACGACCCCACUGUUGUCGCGGUGCACGUCGGACUUCUCGAGCGGAAGAAGCGAUACACCCGGUCAUACCGCGAGGCCUAUUACGUGCUCACUCCCGCGGGCUUCCUACACGAGUACGCGUCGUCUGACCCUGCGAUCUCCGACAAGCCGCGGUGGAGCCUUUUCCUCCCGCUGUGCACGCUCGGGCCUGCAUCUGCGCCGUCGGCGCCGAGCCACAAGUUCCACAUCGAGGAGCGGCUCGACGGGAUGGGCUCGCCGAGGACGGGCUCGCUCAAGGUACUGAGGAGCUCCUUGAUAGGGAACGGGAAGGGGAGUGGGCGUGCGUGGGCGUUCCGCGGGCGCUCGCAUGACGACAUGCUCGAGUGGUGGAACGACCUGCGGAUGCUCUCGGGCCGAUACCUCACCGCAAGCGAGACGAUGGAGCGCAGCGGGCCCGUCGCGGCUGCGGUGCGUGCGGCGGGAUAUGUGAGCGAGGAGGAAGGCGGGGAGGAAGAGGAAGAGGGAUCAAGUGUCGAGGAAGAGCGCGACGUGGAGGACGAGGAGAUAUAUGAACAGGCGCGGGAGGCAGGCGAGGAGGAGGCCGUGGAAGCGGGCCCGCCUGAGUACGAGCACGAGCAUGCGCGCGACGCGGAGUUUGGUGCUCAUGGGUACCCGGUCGAUAAGAAGGCCGGCAUGAAUGGUGCGGCGGUCGCGGGGGCGAGCAUGGCUCGCAGGCCGAGCAAGCGGCAGCAGGAGAAGGCUCCCGAAGGUCGUGUGCCACAGGUGUCGGACGAGGACAAUGCUGCUGCAGGGCCUGCGGACACCGAGCACGACACUGGUGCAGCUGCCGGACCUGCACCUGCAGAAAGUAGGUUCACGGAAGUUUUAUGA